GAGUGGAGGGCGUGGCCUUAGCGAGCGUUUCGCGCGAGUGAAAGCAACUUGCUGUCAUUAUUGCCUUAAGGCUCACAUCUUAAACCGCGAGCGUACUACUAACAGUUUUCACCAAACCAUUAACAGUCGCAAGCCAUGAAUGGACUUAGUAAGUAAACUAUAACGUGAAAUAGCAUUAAUUUGUGGAGUAACAUGCACGAGCUGACGUGUUUGUGAAGUCUGCGUCAGAAAUACCUUCAGUACGACCGUAACCCUGGAAUAACUUCUACUGACUUCGGAACAAAACACUUAAAGGCUGCAUCUGGUAUGGCCCGACCAGAGAUGGAAAGCAGGGUAGAAGACCGCAACCCUGGAGCACCACAGAGCUGCAGAAUGGAGGUGCUACGUCAGGAUGCCUGGCAGAGUGGCAGCAUUAUACAGCCCUGCCACCGGCACCGCACCAUUGCCACUCAAACCAGCACUUUGUCUGGACUGCUACCGCACAUCCCCACUCCAGGUGCCUUCAUCUCACCCAGCAUGGGACAACAACAGGACAAUCCACUCAGGAACAAUAUAGGUACAGAACAGGAAAUCUCCAGCCCCAGAGAAAGACAGUUACCCCUGCCUGGUCAACAACUGGACAACCAUAGCUCCUCAGAUGACUCGAUGUCCAGCAGAUCUGCUGGUGGUGAUAAUCCCAGACUGGAGGACCAGGUGGUAGAGAGGGUGGCUAUACAACUGAGGACCAUUGGAGAUGAGAUGAAUGCUGUUUUACUUCAGAGGAACGCUGCCCCCCACUGGCAUAACUGGAGGGGUGUGUACCACGGGCUCAUUGCAUUGGUUGCAGACACCAUCAAUGGUUUCUACCAGCAUGGGUUCAGAUAAACAAACGGGUUGAAGUCACAGGAAGAGUGCAGGCGCUCUUAAUACACUUUUUCUGCUCUGGGACUUUUCUGCAGGAUUGGAUAUCAAUUGUUUCUUUCUUUAUCUGUGACUUUUUUUGUUUGUUUGUUUUUGUAUAUUUUGUAUAUUGGUUUUCUAUCUUUAUCCAGUGGAUUUUGAUGUAGCAUAGUGACUGAAGUGUCCCGGUAUAGAUUUCAGUAGGUGGAGUGAGUGCAUGUGUCUAUCUCUGAAAAAUGUGAAGCACAACCAGUAGGGUUCUCAGCUUGACACGGCUAUUGUUGCCAGUGCAUUAGUGUAUUCCUUUGCAUCUUUGACCACAGCGCUGGGAGGUUGCAUUAAGAUGGGUUGCACUCAAGUAAAGAGAUUGAUUAGAUCUGCAUAGCAUCUCGGGCCCAGAAGUGCUUUAUCUGUCAUGGGUUCUCCUCUCAGCUGCCUUACAGGAGCAAUAAUUGCGCAGUACUAUCAGUCAACAGUGGUGCAGGGCACAUACCCGCACACCAUUAAUGGGAAAUGGGUGAUAAUUGUUAAGACUAACAAGAGAAUGGAAUGUUUUUCAGAGUAAAGUGCAUCACUGUUGGAUUGUGCCUUGCUUGCAUCCUUUUCGAGCCACUUGUGUAUUAAAGCCAUCAGUGACAAUCAAUAGAUGGUGUGCAGGUAAAAUAUCAGUGCACUGUUGCCCCCUACCUGAAUCUACACAUUGGGACACAAAUUUGCCACUGAAAGGAUAGUUCACCCUCAAAUAAAUAUUCUGUCAUAAUUUACUCACUCUCAUGUUGUUCCAAACCCAUUUAAGUUUCCUUCUUCCGUGGAACACAAAAGCAGAACAUUUUACAAUAAGGUUCCAUUUUUUUAUAUUAGUUAACAUGAACUAACAAUGAACAAUACUUCUACAGCGUUUAUUAAUAUUGGUUAGUUAGUUAUAGUAAUGCAUUUUUAAAAUCAAAAGUUGUAUAUGUUAACAUUAGUUAAUGCACUAUGAACUUACACUGAACAAUUGUAUUUUUAUUAAAUAACAUAAACAAAGAUUAAUAAAUGCUGUAAAAAAAAUAUAUAUAUAUAUUGUUCAUGAUGCCUAAUGCAUCAACUAAUGUUAACAAAUGUAACCUUAUUGUAAAGUGUUACCGGAUGUUUAUGUUAUGAAUGUUAGCUUCAAUCACCAUUCACUUUCAAUGCAUCUCUUUUCCAUACAUUGAAAGUGAAUAGUGGCCAAAGCUAACAUUAUGCUUUACAUCUAAUUUCAAGGAAGAAAGAAAGUCAUAUGGGUUUGGAACAAAACGAGAGUGAGAAAAUGAGAGAAGAUUUGUUUUUGGCUGAUCUAUUACUUUAAUUCAUAGACUGCUCACCUCCAAUGGAGGUACUUGUGGGAAAGCCAGACCACUAGUUUGAAUGAAAUGGCUGGUUAGCAGUGUUAAUAUUUGUGUGGAUUAUACCUGUACAUAUAUAUAUUUGUUUUUUAGAAAACAACAAAAGAUAGAAGGAACUGGGAGUUCUCUUUCUUAUGUGGUGUGUAUAUUUUGAUUAAAUGUAAUGACCUAAAAGUACUUAACAUUAAGUUUGUUUCUGUUUCAAACGAGGAAGAACAGUUUGUUGUGUUCUUAAAUUGUUUUGGACCGACACUGGGUCACAAUUAAUGUUCUAAAAAUCCAGUGGAUUUCUUCCUAUUUGCAAAUUUAUUGACAUUUGAAUAUCUGAAGUGGUAUAAAGUAAUGAAAAAUCCCCAUUAACGUGCUUGCGUAUAGAAAUCGCAGAAAAGCACAGGCUAAUUUAUUUAGUUUGUCCAUUUGUAUGUUUGGCUAUUUAGAUGAAAUAUUCCUAAAUCUUUUGAAAUUAUCAAGUGGAUUAAAUGAGCAUGGAGAAAAAAAUUAGUGUGGUGUUCAAUGGAUCAAAAAUCUCUGUAACUUAUUUGUGAACAUUCCCCUAAACAAGUCUCUUCUGCUGUAAUUUGUCUACAAAUAGGAUGAGAGUAAUAAAAAAUAAAACUGAGCCAAACUUCCAACAUACUUGAACAGACAUGUUCUAUGUGAAUCAAUGUGAGGGCCUUCUGUUGUUUUCAGAUACUGUUUUUCCAGAUGCCUUUAACUGGAUUGCCUUUACACUUUCAUAACACUGUAAUGGCUUUCAAGUACUUCCCACAAAAAAAAAAAAAAAAAAAAAAACUGUAGGCAAUCAGGGGGAAAACUCUUCUAACCACUCGGUUUUGUUUUUCAUAUGGGUGCACAAUUUUCAUGGCAUUAUGUGGACCGGAGUUAUACUUCCUGUGUCUCAUGACUUCCUGUGUCAAACAUGUGUGUGGUCUGCUUCCUGUGACCACUCUGUGACUGAUACCUUUGUUCUCCGAUAAAGCCCCUCACUGAGGGAAAGGCCUUACGUGUACUUACAAAUCCACACUACUCAAGCUCAAGUCAGACCCAUUUUCUAGCUUUGUACUUUUGCCAUAUGGAUUUUCUAUGUAAAACUUCUAUAUUAAUUUUUUUUUAUUGUUUUUUCCUUACCAUUUUCAAUAAAUAUAAG